UCUCCAUGUUGUUUACCUGCAGAAAUCGGUGUCCACGGAUCUCGUCGGUAACUCGUGUCGGUCUGAGCUGAACAUAAAUCACCGUGUCGUUUCUUUAAGUCACGGUUCGGUCUCGUGUCUGUUGACGGUAAACAUGACGUCUGUGGCGGAAGCUCGUGCUGCGCGGCUCCCGGCCGCAGACAACCCGCUGAAGAUGGUUAAAGCCACCGCAGGUGUGAGGAGAGCUGCUCUCGGAGAGAUUACCAACCGUCCUGGAGCAGCAGUCAACACCAAGAGGACCGGAGCGACCAAAGCCAAACCAUCUUGUGCCCAGAAAGUGAAACCUGUGGUGCCUCCAUCAGUCCAGGUCGCAGCACCUGCAGAUCCCCUCCCCCCAGUGUCAGAGGAGUCAGCUGACGUGUCCAUGAAGGAGGAGGAGGAGGAGGAGCUGUGCCAGGCGUUCUCUGAGGUGCUGCUCACUGUGCAGGACGUGGACGAGCAGGACUCAGACCUGCCGCAGCUCUGCUCAGAAUACGUCAAAGAUAUCUACAAAUAUCUGCACGUCCUGGAGGCGCAGCAGACUGUGCGAGCCAACUACAUGCAGGGUUAUGAGAUCACUGAACGCAUGCGAGCUCUUCUGGUGGACUGGCUGGUCCAGGUUCACUCCAGGUUCCAGCUGCUGCAGGAGACUCUGUACCUCACAGUGGCCAUCCUGGAUCGUUUCCUCCAGGUCCAGCCGGUCUCUCGCAGGAAGCUGCAGCUGGUUGGUGUGACCGCCAUGCUGGUGGCCUGUAAAUAUGAAGAGAUGUACGCUCCAGAGGUCGGAGACUUCGCCUACAUCACAGACAACGCUUUCACAAAGUCUCAGAUUCUGGAGAUGGAGCAGCUGGUUCUGAGGACGCUCAACUUUCAGCUGGGACGUCCUCUUCCACUACACUUCCUGAGACGAGCCUCCAAGGUGGCGAAUUCUGACGUAGAGAAACACACGCUGGCCAAGUAUCUGAUGGAGCUGACCCUCCUUGACUACGACAUGGUGCACUAUCGACCCUCUGAGGUCGCUGCUGCUGCGCUGUGUCUCUCCCAGCUGCUGGUCGACGGGCUGCCGUGGUCUCCCACUCAGCAGCACUACUCCACUUACGACGCGGCCCACCUGAAGCCCAUCAUGCAGCACAUCGCCAAAAAUGUGGUGACUGUAAACGGGGGGAAGACAAAGUUCCAGGCCGUCAGGAACAAGUACUCGAGCAGCAAGCUGAUGAAGAUCAGCCUCAUCCCUCAGCUGAAGUCGUCCAUCAUCACCAACAUGGCGGCUCCUCUGCUCAACAAUCCUUGAAGUCAGCUUUAAAUUUUAUCAGUGGACAUUUCACUUGCACUUUAUUUUAGAUCUCAAUCUGUGGAGAAACUUCUAGUUUUUAAUAAAUGUUUUUAAUUUUUGAUCAUAGCUUUGUGGUCUGUUCAGAGAUUUGGGUACGUGUUUGAUUUUAAUCACUGAUGUCAGAUCUUUGUGGUACGACAGAAUUUAUUUGUGUGCACCUUGAGUCAGAGCCUGUCAGUCAACCUGAGCUUCCUGUUUAAUGAGAAAUGACCUGGUUUUAAGCAAACAGCAGUCGUGGUAGACGAGACAGUGGGACAGUGACAAACUGUCUGAACACUAAACUUUAUUGGGAGUGGACAUGUCUUUAUCUAAUAUGGAGUUGAACUGGUGGACUAUGUUUUUAAAAUGAUCUGUGGAGCUUAGUACUAACUGAAAGUAUGCUUUACCUACCAAAUGGUUGUAUUUUACAGACCUGGACACAUGUCUAUUGUGGCUCUAGUUUUCCAUACACAGGCAGGUAGUGCAAGAUAUUUCUGGGAUGUUUAUAUUUGAAUUCUUUUCAUAAAUUAUUGAACAAAC